UCCCACAGGUGAAAGUGAGGAUGGCCUGUCCUGUGUUCGCUUUGGCAUGGUCACGGAUGACCUCGACAUCGAGGAGCUCGUCGGUCUUGUCCUGGGAGCUGGCAUAGAGCUGGAAGAAUCCACAAAGGCGCUUGAGUCGAUGUCUGAACUGGUGAAGCAAGGAAUUCAGGAGGCCAGCAAGGGUCUCCAGCAGGAGAACGAGGAGAAGAUCCUCCAAGAGGGCCUUCUGAGGCAUGUUCCCAUUGUGGGCUCUCUCUUCAACUGGUGGUCACCGACCUCCAAGGAAGGUGGCAUUCGUGGACGCAGCUUCAACAUCACGUCCGGGCUCGUCGAGAGUACGGAAAACAUCUACAAGUACCACAUGCAGAUCCAGCAGGGCGACGGCACGCCGGCACUGGCCAACAAGCCUCCUCCGCAAGCCCAAGUGGUCGUGCCGGCCGCGAACGCCCUCGAGACCAAAGCACAGCAUUGAGAGAGCACAACUCAAAAGAAGUGUGAUGGAGGUUUGUGGGGGGAUUGUGGGACGAGACUCGAAGGGAGUUAGCAGAAUGGGGCUAGGUGCCGCAGGCUCGAGCACCAGUGCACACACGCUCACAGAGCGGGUACCGGUGCGUAGAGAAAAGACUAUCGUCGUUGUUUUGGGCCACUGGCUUUCCGAGUGAAUGCGUGAUGUUUUGCAUACCACCGCAUUCGAGGCAGACUGAUGAGCACAACUCAAAAAAAGGCAUGGGGGAUUCGUGCAGGCUGCUGGUGUUCAGUGCCACCGGUGUACAGUGGCAGGUACCAGGUGUGCCGCAGGCACCAGAUACCGACACAGAAGGACAUGAUUGGGAUCAGUCAGGCUGCUGGCUGUUCAGACGACUUGAACCGGUGCACGACACCAGCUCAGCGCUCAACAGUUGACAGAGGCACGUCAGCAUUUACAGGUGUCCUUGCUUGCUGCGCGAUUGCAGAAAUCCUGUGGUUUUGUUUGGGGAGCUGAAGCAGCAGGCAGUGCGUGGUGGUUUCUUGUUAAACUCUUUUGUUUGGUCGAAUCAAAUAAAGCUGGUAGCAUUUA